GUGCCUUGGCUUUCAGAAUUUCAAUCAUUUUUCUUAAACUUUUUGUAUUUAGAAAGAGUUAAUGUGUAAGUUACUUGGACUUCAGCCCUCUGUCAAAUAUGAUGAACUCCGACAGGCCGUCUACAACCACCUGAAUGGGAAUGAAAAACAGUUGGAAGCAGUGGAAUGGUUGGGAUUACUUGGAGAUGAACCUGUUCCAACAGCACAUAGUAUAGUGAAUGCACUGGCCAAGCACAUGGAAGCCAAGCUCUCUUAUGGUUUUGGAGAGCGAGAUAUGAUAGUUAUGAGGAAUGAAAUAGGAAUUAGGCAUCCCUCUGGUCAUUUGGAAGAUAAAUAUAUCAAUCUUGUGGUGUAUGGAGAUGAUAAAGGGUAUUCUGCAAUGGCAAAAACUGUGGGGUACCCUACUGCUAUUGCAGCAAAGAUGGUUCUCGAGGGGGAAAUUAACACCAAAGGUAUGAUUGUCCCAUUGACAAAGGAUAUAUAUGGACCAAUCCUUAAGCAUGUUCAAGCCGAAGGCAUUACAUACACAACCCAGAGUGUUAUCAAGCAAUAAAGCGGACUUCAUGUUUCCCCUCAACCACCCAUCCACUGAGUUUUAAGUAUGCACAAAUUGAAGCUUGAAAAUCUGCCAUGGACACCUUCAAUUGAGAAGUCUUCUGUGCUGAAUCCAUUAAAAUGAAUAGAAGUGCAACAGCAUUUGAGAACCUCCAGCCUUUGGUUAAGCCUUUCACAUGAAAUUAUCCUACUGAAUUGUGUUCAUUGAAGGCUGCAGUCCUAACUAGGCUUAUUUGGAGGCCAGUUUCAAUGACUUCUGAGUAGGCUGUGCUGUUUGUAUACUUAUCCCAAGUAUUUGUCAUAGUAUGGCAUGGCAUUUCUCUUUAGAAAUACAGAAUUCUUAUACUGAAGGCAGGGCUUUUCAGGCAGUGCCAAAGUAAUUUUAAUUGGUUCCUAAAUGCUGCAAAGUUGCUGCAUGUGGUGAACGUUAUACUAUUUUCCAAUACCGUAUUCCUCUUUAAAAUGUGCAGAACAGAAUGGGAUUCUAAAUUUAGAAUGAUUUUCUCUUUCAUUAAUUAGAUAUGAAGGAGAUUUGUGACCUAAGUGCCCAAACUAUUGAUUUUGAAAAGCUCCCAUUUCACCCAGAUAUGGUUAUGUUAUGAAGUUUUGUUAUAUCAUUGGUCUUCUAAGAAUGAUUAUGGGGUAACUUGGUUCUCCAUAAGCCAAUUUUGCAGUCACUUUGUGAUUUGAUCCAUCCAUGCUUGAUAAGCAUCUACACUUAUUCCUUGCUGAUAACAAUGGAGUCAAAAGUAGUUUGGCCUCUCUUAAAACUUCAGUAAUGUUGUUGAGAAUUUUACUGAGUUGCUAGCUCAGUCUAGGCAUUUCCAGUUAAAGGCUCUGGAUUACAGAACUGGAAAAGAUCUCUGCCUGGAACUCUGAAGACCUACUCCAAAGGAGACUUUAAUGUGCAAUAGGCUGGCCUUUCCUAACCUGGUUACCCUCCAGUGGUGCUGGGACUGUAGCUCCCCAAAUUCUUAGACUGUACAAGCAAUUCUUUGAAAAUCAUAGAAAUUGAUACAGCUGUAAUGGAGAAGUGGUGUUAUAGCCAAAGGGAAAACUAUUUUUCAAUUGCACUUUUAAUUUCUAGAAGUUAAUCAGUGGCAUUUUUCUAUAUAUUGAGAAUAUGAUUAUUCUAGACACUUAAUAUACAUUAAAUUACAAUAGCAUUAAAAAUGGUAUUGUGGAGGAAAAAAACUACUUUGCUUCACAUUUGCCAAAUGUUAUAUUGUUUGAAAAUAUGUUGUAUCUAUUGGGCAACAUCGAAAUAUUGAAGUGUUAUGGGCAGUUGCCAAUUAGUGUAUUUAUAUACGUUCUCUUGGAGAUAGAGUGGUCUUCUGCAGUCCCUUGUAAGGUCUUUACUUGUUUCAGGAUUGGAGAGGAAACAAUGUAUUUGGUAGAUGUCUUGUAUAUAAGAAAAUCUGGAGUGAUCUUGUUCUGUAACAGACUUUCAGAUCAGUAUCACACAAAUAAUAGGAACUCUCUCUUAAGUGGGAGAUGCUGGAUAGAGGGGGCAGCCAAGACCUUUCUGGAAUGAAGAAAGGUCUUUUAUUUUUUUUUUAAUCCCAGGGAGGAAAAAAACACGGGAGAAUUCAUUUGGAAGCAUGGAUGAAAACUGAGUGUGAUGUGGAAGAAGAAUGUGGAGUCUGUGCUGAAAUUGCAGCUAAACAUUGCUGUACACUCAGGUAGCUAAAUUAAUGCCAAACUCCCCAGCAGUUUUAAUUCCAAGGUACAAUGAGUUCUCUUUGUGGCUCUUUUCUUAGUAUUUUUGGAAUUAGUUAAAUCUGCAAAUACUGAAUUUAGAUAUUGGGCCCAGAUAUUUUGAUGUUCUAGGUCAGAGCAAUUUUUAAUACUGUGGUAACAACACAAUCCUAUGCACAUUUACUAAGAAGUAAGUUCCACUGUAGCCAAGCAAUAGAAUGUGUCUAUAGGAUUGUGUCUCAUAGAGGCUUUAAGCAUCUAUAGGAUUACAGCAUUAAUAUCCCUAAUUUCCAUUCUUGCUGAUGUUAACAGAACACGAUUUCUAAUCUGAAACUGUUUAGUUUUUUAACACAAUGUCCAGUGUUUUUUCUCUGCCUGUUGUGGUCACUGAGAAGUAAGGAAAAGUGAUUGAGUAAAAGAAAUUCACUAGAACUGUAGUGAGACUUUCAUUUACACUUAGCAAAUUUUGCAGAAAGAAUUCUGAGGGCUGCUAGCCAAAACAAUUUGCCACCUGAUUUGAUAACAACAUGCCUCAGUUUGUACAAUCUCCUUAACGUAAAAGCCCCUGUACCAAAAUAAAUCCAAAAAACUUUAAAUCAUCAAGCUGUAUUACUGCCUAUUACUACGGAUCAUGCAUGCAAGAGUGUGCAAUGGGGAGAAGUGGGAGAAUAAGGAAACUAGGAAGUAAGGAAUAAAUGUAUUAGUAGAGUUUCAGAAGGAAUGAUGUACAUGUUUAGAUUUCAGUCAGGGAAAAAGGUACAACCCUUUUAAAUGAAGGUGAACUGCAGAGGAAAACACCUUUCAAACCUGCCCUUUUAAACAUACAGCCUGGGAUGGGACUAGCCUUCCUGAUUCUUGGACAGACGGCUGUGUGGGCUUUGAAGGUCUGAAUCAUCUCUGGAUUACUUGAAAUUUUGAUUCAGACCUCUAUUCUCCUCCCCAAAUAAAAGGAUUAUCGUAAUGGAAGCUUUAGUUUUAUAUGGUUGUCAGUUUACAGGAUCGGAAAGGGACAAGAAAUUGUCUAACUAAAUCCAGAAUCACUGAGAAGUGUGUUUGUGAGAGACUGUUUUGUAAUUUGGUAUUGUUUUUAAAAAUUAUUUUCUUGCAGAGGGUAAAGUGAAGAGGUAAUAUGUUAUGUUGGGUUUAAAGAACCUGGUGCUUUUGCUAUCCUGCCAAACAAAAUAAAAGUGUAAAAUUAAGUGUAAAAUAAAGUUCAUAAGCAUCUUUAUUAGAUCAAAGCUGUGUGAGAAAUUCUUCACAUAUUUGAGAGUGUUCACAUUGCAUUUUUGUAGUAACUGUAUAGUUUAUGUACAGUUACUACAAAGAGGCAUUAGAUGCACAUGCAGAAAUAUUUUGAAUUCUCUUAGGCAUAAGGCCCUGUUUUAUAGGGAAUGCUUCUCUGGGAGAUCUCAAUUUCUGGUGACUGCAUUCAUGUAGUUUUAUUAACAAUUUAUAGAAAUGGUUUUGCCACUGAAUUCUUCCAGGAUGUUUUAAAGUAUUAACUGCAACUAACUCUCCUUAGCUUCUGAAAUCAGUCAGGUUUGGUGAAAAAGAAAAGUUACAGUUAUCCGCAGGAUGGCUUGUUCGCAUGACAGGAAGACCUUCUAUGGAUCAUGAAUUGAAAAUGUUUUCGCAAUUAAUGACAAUUGGUGAAGUUGCUGCAGUAUUAUAAAAUGUCAAAAUGAAUCUUAAUGGAUAAGCUUGGAUAUCCAUAGCCCUGGCCUCUUUUACAGCUAAGGAUGCACUCAUUUAGCAUAUUGCCUGAUUUUGUAAGGUUUUUGGUUUCUGGUUCAACCAUGACAAGAAUAUAUGCACAAGGUACCAAGUUAAAAUCAAGAAAUUUGGUUGAUUAAUAUCAGUGAAAUACUGGAAAACUUGCAAACUGUAUAGUGGAUGGACUGACAUUUAGGAAAGGAGGUAUGUAGGGGAAAUUAUCUAUCUAUCUAUCUAUCUAUCUAUCUAUCUAUCUAUCUAUCUAUCUAUCUAUCUAUCUAUCUAUCUAUCUAUCUUUUGUUAGGAUAGCUUGUAUCUCAGAUACAGUUAUUUCUACAAUUUAUAUGCCACUCAGUUCCCAAAAGGUUCUAAGCACCUUACAAAUAAUACAAAAAUAAAAGCAACAAGGAGAGCAUAACACCCCCCCCAAAAAAACAAAAAACGAAUAACAGUAAGCUUUCCUGUUGAAUAACACAGAGGGAAAACAUCCUAUUUGGCUCCUAUAGGGAAGGGCCCUGCCAUAGAUGUCACUGUGGCCAGUGUCCUUAAAACAUAGUAGCACUUUGGAGCGGUUGGGUGCCAAAUUGAAUCCUAAAUAUGUAAGCCUCCACGUCUCUGAAUGUUGUCCUGCCUUGCCAAUAUUUUGCUGUUGAAAAAUGAAAAGGCAUCUCUGAAGGUGCAAUGGGGGUCUUUAAGAGGCUUGAGGCAGAUUUUAUUUUUGCCAAGUGUUCAAUACAAGCUGAAAUACUGAUACUUAUUUUUGCAAUGCCAUGGAAUAAAACCGUUGAAACA